AUGGAGGACACGGAUUCUCCCACUUUUGCCCCUGUUGGUGGCUCUGCCACACUUCCUACAGGGCAACCAACGACGGUAUCUCCGACAUUUGAACCCACCAGCCACCUCAGACAGGCUGCGCCGGAACCAAAUGUUGGAAGACCGAUCCCAGUGAUAUCCAAAUCCACCAAAGACACACCCGCUCCCUUUCAACCGCUCAAGUUUGCGGCUGUUCCAGUAGGAUUUGACGUCCUUCUGGAAACAGAAAGUCAGCAAGAUUUAGCCGACAUGGCGCAACAAGCCAAAUUCAUUCUCGAAGACCACCUGGCUACUGGCUUUCAAGAGGGCUUUGACGCGGAAGAAGACGGAGUAAUAGUUCGCAGCGUUGACUUGAAUGUCAGAGCUUUCCUCACCAAUGCACCACCAUCCAAUCGUCGGCGUCGACUACUCCAACAAAUCAGACGGUUUCUUCAAUUGUCCAGAGCCAUCACUUUGGAAGCCAGAGGUGUGGCUGGUUUCCAAGUCAAUAGAGCCGUGGACACCGCAGAGUUUCUAGCCCAAGUCAAUGCCAUCAUUGAUGAGGCUGUACAGCCAGAACAACUCACAACUGUAUUCCAAAAUAGCACAUCCGGUCUCACAGAUUACCGGGUAUCCAGUGUCACCAAUACGGAAAGCGCACCAGAAGAACAAAAGGACAAUCCCACCCUAGCAGAGAUUAUCAUCGCCAUCAUAUUACUCGUUCUGAUGGCUGCGGGGUUGGUGGCAUACACCUACAUUUUCUAUAAAAAGCGCAAGAAACGACUCAAACGUCGAAAGCAGUUUGGUGUUGGUCACAAACCGCCGUCGCCAUAUCCUCGUCCUCACGGGGCUGCGGUUACACCCACCGCAAGUGCUGUGUCAUCUGGAGUUCCAGCAUCGCUUUCACGACCAGGCUUUCCAGCUACGCCGGGGGUUGCCCAUUCAUCUUCCAGUGAAUCUUCCUACAAGGGGCUUGGAAGUGAGUCGGAGGAAGAGGACGCUGAUGGGUUUGCCAAAGAGCUACGGCUUGCAGCAUCGUUGGAUCGUCGGGCAUGGGAUGAUUUCGAAAAACAAUCACCUUCUAAUGACAGCAAACCCAGGGCGGAACCCAAAGGUACCUAUGCUGACAACGAUGUGUACCGGGACUUGGCUGUCAUCAAUGAAGUAGAGAACCCCUACGGCUUGACGCAAGAGAUGCCAACCCAACCUGGAACCAUCGGCCUUACUGUCACUGGAGAUACUGUAUCCAUCCAAAGCAACAAUUCCUUUCCGUACGGCGACGAACUCGAAAACCCUGACUUUAUGGCCAGUCGGCAAAUGGUAUUUGGCGGCGGCAAACGUACAGACCAUUCGAGUGACGGUGCAAGGGAGGUUUUCGAGGAUGAGCAGGUGGAACGGGACGACACAAAUGGUGGUUGGCGAAUGACCAGACUGGGCAAGAUGAACAACUCCAACAAACGGAAAAACGCCCCUCGAUUAAGCUUUUUGUAUCACGGCAGAGAAAUGAGGAACAAGGAGGACAACUCAGAGUCUACAUCUGCAAUGGACGAAGGCAACUCCUCUGUUCCCACUUCGGGUGCAAUGCGUGGAUCACCCAUGUCACAAAGCUGGAGUACUAACCCACCGCGAGUUGGUGGUGGAAGUAGCGAAAACGCUACAUCAUCCGCCAUUCGUGGAUCGCCACAUAGCAGUACAUGGACCAGUGCUAGCCGCGCUUCGUCUCAGCUUGGAGGAAGUCUUGCGGCAAGUCCAGGCUUGAGCACGGCUGCAAUCAACGAGGAGGCUACAUCCGUGAGUGUCUCCGUUGGUGACGAAUCCAUGCGCACAGCUGAUAUUGUUCAGGAAGUACAACGUCUGUCUCAGUUUGUCAAGACAUACGAGAAGAAGAAAGAGUUCCGACUGAAAAGAGAACACGAAGGAGUUGAUGACUCCCAGCUGUCCCAGUCGCUGGGAUCCAGUCUCGAAUACAGUAGCUCUUUGAUUGAUCAAGUAAACUCCCUUCAAAACGUGGUCCGCCAGGAUCUGAACAAGAAGGUCCCUCCAACCGAUCGACAAAACACAAUGGCACCAAUGACGCACGAGGCGGAUUCUCUCGGUCGGUUUGCGUCUCGGGCCGUUGGAAACCGUGAUUUUGAUAAUGAUCUUCAAUCCAUUCAAAGUGACGACUCUAGCGACGUCGAAACGAUGGAAUCGGAAAAUUCUCGCCGCCUCGGAAUCACGCCUUUUCAGGUGCAAAACCCCAGCACUCUGCAGCGAUCCCCUGUUUCAUCCGUUGCUUCCUACCAGAAUCACCCUGGAUCUAUGUACAGAAGAAACAUCUCCCCGGAAAGUGCACAGCAACAUACUCCAACCAGUGCCGGCAGCCAGCAUCAUGCUAGUGGUCAUUACCAUGACGGGGCAGCCAGAUCCAACAGCAACAACUUGUCCUCACUGAGAACGACGGAUGCUAUUUUGGAUGGAUCACUAGAAGAAGAUGCCGUGGCCCCCUCGGACGAGUUCAGACGACCGGCAACGGGCCCUGAACGCGCUCCGUUCCAAGCGCCGCUUCGGAGUCCCCAAACGAUCACACCACGGCAACGGAGCAAGAACAAGGGUGGCUUCAAUAACAUUGUGUCCAAGUUUGAGGCGAGCAGUGCAGAAAGGGAUCCUAUCUAUCCCCCCAGCGAGAAUUGGCAAUACAACUAUUAA